AUGUUCUUGAAGGCCGUAAUUCUGGGGAUCUGCGUCAACUCUUGUUUAGCGGGCGUCAAAGAGGAUCAUGAAGUAAAAUCAUUGCCAUGGUUGGACUGGCAGCUGAAUUUUAAACAUUACUCUGGCUGGCUUAAUGUCUCCAAAACUAGGAGCCUCUCUUACUGGUAAGGUUUGAUAUAUUAUCUUGGCUCUUUGCAAGAAAACUAUGACAUCUAAUUGAGCUAUCAUUUUAUAUAUUGCGCUUUAGGUUUGUUGAAUCGCAAAACGACAAAGCAAAGGACCCAUUGCUGUUAUGGUAAGCCAAAUUUCCUCCGCUUCAGUCAUAAUUAAAACAUUGCAGGCUAACCGGAGGUCCGGGUUGUUCCUCUUUCUAUGGCCUCCUUCAAGAGAACGGACCCUUUGUUUUGGCCGAAGGAGAUGACAUUGAGCUGAAGCUACUCGAGAACCCUAAUGCUUGGAACAACGUGAGUCAUUGGCUGAAGGUUUGAUCUAUUUCCUUUAGUUUGCCAAUGUGAUAUACCUUGAAUCGCCAGCCGGAGUUGGCUUCUCACAAAAUGAUGACGAGACCUACGUAUACAACGAUAACAAUGUAAGUGCCCAUCGAAAGAUACGAUUUCCUUUUUUUAGACCGCCGUUGACAAUGCUAAUUUCCUGAUCGCUUUUCUCGAGGAAUACCCUGAAUACAAAGGCCGCGAUUUUUACAUUUCCGGCGAGAGUUACGCUGGCUGUUACAUCCCAACCUUGGCCAACCAAAUCUUGAGUAUCAAGGAUAAAUUGAGCUUGAAUCUAAAGGUAGAUCGGCGUCAUCAAAGGCUUAUUUCCGCAUUACAUAUUUUGCAGGGAGUUGCAAUUGGCAAUGGAGUCACAGUUGUUGAAGAAACUUUACGUUUCGGAGCCGCCAAUUUUAAUUUCCAUGGAGCAGGGGCCACAGUUUAUGAGCUUGGGAAGUGGAUGAGAGACAAUUGCCCUUCGGGAUUUGACAACUUUUGUAAAGGGGAAAAGGUGCCUAUUGAUAGGGAAAGACUCGACGAGUUCUCGCUAAUCUAUCAGCAGCUGUUAGCAACUCCGUCCAAACCUAAUCCUUACGAUAUUAACCGUCCCUGCUACAGCGGUGUUGCUUGCACUGGCAAUGGGAUUUCAAAAUACCUGAAUCAAGUUGAGGUGCAGAGAGCUCUACACUUUCUUCCGCAAAGCGGAGAGGCCGUCGAAUGGAACACUUGCUCGUAAGACAGUUUUACAAAGGUUGUGAUUGGGAUGAAACCGUAUUGAUUAUUUGUUUAGAGGAAUAAAUGCGAUCUACAGAUGGUGCGAUGAUAUGACCGGUGACAUUACAAAUGUGCUGGCAAAUAAUAUCAAAGUGCUCUAUUUCUACGGUGAAACUGGUACGGGCGUCUUUGUGUCGACGAUUUGUUUAUUUUCAGACACCAUGUGCUCGUUCAUCGCUGCUGAUCUUUUUGUUCACAAGAUCGGAAAAAACCCGAAUACCGAUACAUGGUUUGUCGACGAUCUUUAUGCCGGAACAAAGACCACUUUCGAUGGCAAUCUGACCUACACAACCAUUGCUGAUUGUGGCCAUAUGGCCGCGAUGUGGAAGCCGAAGCAAACAGCCAGAGCUGUUCAUCAUUUCAUCAACGAUAUUAGUGAUUGGAACAAUUAAUACCAAGUUAAUUAACACAAAUUUAUCGCAACGUUUAUUACUUCCAAAUAAAAUUUUGUCAAGGUCUUAUCGUCGUUUCCACUCAAGCGUUUUAUUACGAACUACGUUCACGAAGGGGAAUAUACGACAAGGGUGACUGCUGACAAAUGUGUGGGCAUUUCAUUUUUAAAAAUCAACUUUUUCAGAUUACUGCAACACUAGUAAAUACAUAUUAUACAAUAAAUACAUUAUUCCCCCGCCGAUAAAAAUCGACCGUUCCCAAACAACUGGGCAGGUUAAAAAACGGCUCUAACUUUUACGUGCUCUUUCGGAAGUCGUGAAUCUCAUGUUCUAACUUCGCAAACAACCUACACUAUUGCCUUGUAAUACUGGAAUCUAAAGAAGUCGUGAAACGAGAAUCUUUUUUAGUUAUAGUGAUAUUUCGGCCCAGUCCGCUUCGUUGUGUUCAUGUUUCCAAUGAUGGAUUUUUAAUUUUUAUCUCUAAAGUUCAAACCAAAGACAAUGGCAAUGUCCAACUUGGCAUUUAGAUCAAAGCGAAGUCAAGCAAUUAACAGUUAUCUUUAAAUAUCAUAACCGGCAAUGUUUCGGCAAGCAAAUUUAAAAGGUUUUGUUUUACAUGUACAUGUUCAUUUCAAAGUAAAUAUGCUGAUUAAAUUUUUGCUCUUGUUAACUUUUCAUGUUUGCUUAGCACAUGUCAAAAGUGAUCAUGAAGUGAAGUCAUUGCCCACUCUGGAUUGGCAGAUCAACUUCAAACAUUACGCUGGGCGAUUGAACAUUUCAGAGACGAGAAGACUUUCGUACUGGUUUGUUGAAUCGCAAAACAAUGCCAACACGGAUCCUUUGAUUUUAUGGUACGUCAUCCGAGGUUAAAUUGAAGACAUUUCAGGCUAAAUGGUGGUCCUGGUUGCUCUUCAUUGUUUGGGUUUCUUCAAGAACAUGGACCGUUUAUUUUGACUGACGGAAUGGACGUCGAGCCAAAGUUGCAUGAGAAUCCCAACGCUUGGAACAAAGUAAAAUGAAAUAUUUAUCCUAAGAUAUUAUUGACUUAUUUUCAGUUCGCGAACGUCCUGUACUUGGAGGCCCCGGCUGGCGUGGGCUUCUCGCAAAACGACGAGGUUGAUCAGACUAUCUACAACGAUUCUAUUGUAAGCGGAAUGCGUUAAAAGAUAAUGCUUUGUGAUUCUAGACAGCUGCAGACAACGCGCGGUUUCUCAGCGUUUUUCUGGAGGCAUAUCCCGAGUACAAAGACCGAGAUUUUUACAUUUCCGGCGAGAGCUAUGCUGGUUGUUAUGUCCCAACGUUGGCCAACGAAGUUUUAAGGCAGAAAGAUAAGGUCAAACUCAAUUUAAAGGUAGCCGGAUAGCAUUGAGAUCAAGUCUGUUUCAGGGCGUAGCCAUCGGUAAUGGAGUAACUACCGAUCGUCUCGACAGUCUCGGUACAGCUAUAUUUGCUUUUCAUGGCGCCAGAGACACGAUUUAUCAGCUCGGUCAAUGGAUGAGAGACAACUGCCCAAGCGGGUUCGACAACUUUUGCGAGGGCGGGGCUCCUUCUAACCAUCGUGAAAACAAGACUUUGAGACAACAGUACAGUGAGUUAAUGAGAGGACCGUAUACAGGCACAAUCAAUCAAUACGAUAUCGACCGUAUUUGCUACAAUUUUGGUCUUUGUGGAGGGAAUACGCUGUAUAAUUACUUGAACAAAGUGGAGGUUCAAGAAGCCUUGCAUUUUGUAGCAGAUGGAGGGAACAAGGUGGAUUGGACAGAGUGUGCUGAGUAAGUUCUGGCAGUGAACGCCGAUAAAGCGGAGAAGCGAAAGUUGAUCAAACAUUUCCAUGCGAAUGCAUCUGCAAUUUUAGUAUAAGAUAUGAACAAUGCACUGACAUCACUCCAGAUGUAAAGGAACUACUGGAAAAGCAAAUCAAGAUUCUUUAUUUCUAUGGUGAAACAGGUAUGACCAAUGACAAAUGAGUUUAUUGAACCUUCCAGAUUCUGUAUGCCCCUUCAUAAUUGGCGAUCUCUUUACUCACAAAAUUGGGAAGAAUCCGAAGACUGCGCCAUGGUUUGUCGAUGAUCUUUAUGCCGGCACAAAGACAACCUUUGAUGGAAAUCUGAUCUACACCACCAUUGCCGAUUGUGGCCAUAUGGCUGCAGGUUGGAAGCCAAAGCAAACAGCCAGAGCUGUUCAUCAUUUCAUCAACGAUAUUGAUGAUUGGAAUAAUUAA